AGUUCUGGCAGAGGCACAGCUACUCCACCAUGUCAGGGGUCGGUCCCGCAUUUUCACUUCCCACUUCAAUCAUCAAUGUUGUUGGUUCCUUUUAUUUAUCCCGCACCGCAUUUCACUCCAUUUCAUUUCUUCAACUUUCCUAGUCGUCCCUUUUGGCCUCAUUUUCUGUGGCUGUCUCUGCCACCUCGAAUACAUUGACAUUACUAUACACCAACCUGUUAGUAGUAGUCCUAACCCAGCCAGCCAGACUCCAGUUACCCCGUCAUCAACAUCGUCAUUUCCCCCUCCAUAUUUAAUUUUUGGUUAUUUCAACCGCUUCCCCCUCUUUUUUUGUAUUAACUAUAUACAUAUAUAUAUAUAUAUAUAUGGACCAGAAUCCUUCUCACUCUUCAAUUGAUUGUGAUAAAUGAUAAUUCUUAUCUCCAUUAUAAUAAAAGCUAGGCAACCCCAUUUAUUUUUCAUUAUGUCUCUUGUGUGAAACAUGAAAUUUAUGAAGCAAAGCCGAUUGUACGUCAAGCCCCUCCCACACACCAAAUCCUGCAACUAGUUCUGAAAAAAGAAAGUUUGGUUAAAAAUGAGUCAGUGUGUUCCCAGUUGGGAUCUGGACGAUAAUCAUGUCACUGCACGCCAUUCCUUACGCUCUAACUCCAACUCCACCGCCCCUGAUGUUCACAUGUCGGACUACGAAGUGGCAGAAUUAACAUGGGAAAAUGGCCAACUAGCCAUGCAUGGUUUAGGUCCGGCAAGUGUGCCGGCUAAACCCUUAGUUUCCAACCCUCCCUCGAAGUACACUUGGGAUAAACCAAGGGCUAAUGGCACUUUGGAGUCCAUAGUGAACCAGGCCACUCGCGUUCCGUAUCUUAAGGUUUCUCUUGAUGGUGACCGGGAUGAACUUGUACCCUGUUUGAACCAACACCGUGAGGCAGCGGCGUCAUCUGCCACCAUGGCUAUGGAUGCUUUGGUUCCUUGCUCGAAAAGGACGGAGGGCCGGCCCUCCCACGCGAUGGAAUCUAUACCAGGACUCGGAAGAACUUGCUUGGUGGGAGGCUCCACCAGGGUGGGAUCCUGUAGUGGGCCGGCCGGUACCCAUGACGACGAGGUACUUGUUAGCGGGAAAAGCACACCGGCGGCGCGUGCUCCUGAAAUGCCAGAGUGGAGCAGCAAGGAACAAAGUGCAAGCGCCAGUGCCACGUUCGGGAAAGACCGAGACAGCCGAUACGUUACUUUGGAUACGUAUGAGAAAGAUUUUGGUAUGGGUUUCACUUCUACUUCCCUUGGCUCUCCUGAAAACGCAAGCUCUACGAAACCCUGCACCAAGGCCACCACCACUGCUGAUGAUCAUGAUUCUGUUUGUCACAGUAGACCCCAGGCAAAGUUCUUCCCAUUUAAUUAUGUAAUUGCAUGUCCAAAAUAUUUUUUUCUCCUUUUUUUUUUUUUGUGCGUGUGCGUGUGCGUGUGCGUGUGUGUGUUUGUGAAUUUUGUUUUUUUGGUUAUGUUAAAGAGGGAGGAAUUUGAGGAAGACAAGAAGGAAACUGGGAAAUCUUCAGUUUCAAACAAAAGGAGCAGAGCUGCUGCUAUCCAUAACCAGUCUGAACGUAAAAGAAGAGACAAGAUUAAUCAAAGGAUGAAGACAUUACAGAAGCUGGUUCCCAAUUCCAGCAAGACAGACAAAGCUUCGAUGCUAGACGAAGUGAUUGAAUAUCUGAAACAACUGCAAGCACAAGUUCAAAUGAUGAACAGGAUGAACAUACCACAGAUGAUGUUGCCGAUGGCAAUGCAACAGCAACUCCAAAUGUCGAUGAUGGCCCCAGCGAUGGGGAUGGGGAUGGGGAUGGGUAUGGGCAUGGGCAUGGGUGUCAUGGACAUCAACACUAUGGGCCGUCCCAACAUCACCGGCAUCUCACCUGUUAUGCCUAAUCCUUUCAUGGCUAUGACCUCCUGGGAUGGCUCCGGUGAGAGGUUACAACAAGCUGCCUCAGCGGCAGCCAUGAUGCCAGACCCGCUUUCCACAUUCCUGGCUUGCCAACCACAGCCGAUGACCAUGGAUGCUUACAGUCGGCUGGCCGCCAUGUAUCAGCAGAUGCAACAACCACCAGCUUCUGGUUCUAAGAGCUAAGCUUCAAGCCAGUACUUUUUAGCUACUCUUUUCUAUACAGAAACCUGAAGUUGGGUUUCAAUUCUUAUACAUUUCCCUAGCGUUUAGGGUUUGGUACAAUCUAGUUCAUGUAGUUAUUUCUUAAUUACAAGCGUGUGAGUGGUAAUUAUUUUGAUUGCUUAAUUUGUAGUAUGAAAGGAUCCCAUGAGCCAAGAGCUUGGUAUCUUUCCUUUUCGUCAAGGCAACCAUUGUAUUUAGUGUUCACAUUUUUUUUCUUCCAGAGUUUCGUAUAAUUAAUUACUUUAAAACUCCACCUGAUUUUUGUUACAUUAAUUAUUGAACUUCAUCUAAUAA